AUAUUUGUUUGAAUGUGAAGAAGCGUGUGUGCAUUGUGCAGAUUGUGUCUGCUGGAAAAAGCUAAAUUUCUGCAGGCCCUGCAGUUGCAAUUUUGGUGAAAGGAUCUUUAUUAUAAUUAGUAGCCAUGGCUACAAAAAGUUCACGUAGGGGGACCACGGUUGUUACACAGCAAUCGUCCAGUUUUACCUCGUCGGCUCGUUCGCCGUCGCCGACACGGAUCAGCAGGCUGCAGGAAAAGCAAGAGCUCGGCUGUCUGAACGACAGACUUGCUAAUUACAUCGACAAAGUACGGUCUUUGGAGCUUGAAAAUAGCCGUCUUAGUGUGCAGGUCAGGUCUUUUGAAGAAACCUCAACGCGUGAGGUGAGCAAUGUGAAGAAAUUAUACGAACAAGAACUGAACGAUGCACGUAAACUUCUUGAUGAUUUGGGCAAGGAAAAAGCAAGGUUGCAGAUUGAGCUUUCAGCCCUCAAAACUGAGUUGAGCGAGUUGCGUGACAAAUACUCGAGACGUGACCGUGAUGCUACAAACUUGGAGAAGAAGCUAAAUACUGCUGAGGCAGAACUAGCUGAUCUCAGGGCAAAGUAUGCUGAUGCUAACCAGAAACGACAGAAUUUGGAAAAUGAAAAUAAGAAACUCCGAGCAGAAAACACAACAUUGGAUAAACAGCUUGGAGUGUCGAAGAAAGAACUGGAAAAUGAGACACUGAUGAGAGUGGACUUGGAAAACAGGGUACAGUCUCUCAAUGAGACACUCAAGUUCAAUGAGAGUCUUCAUCAGCAGCAACUGAAUGAGACCAAGUCGCGUACGGAAAUCUCUAUGACUGAGGUCGAUGAUCGCUACCAGCAUGAGUAUGACAACCGACUGGCGGAGGCUCUCAAAGAGAUGAGGGGGCAGCACGAAUUCCAGGCCAAGAUAUACCGUGAAGAAAUGGAAACCAUGUUUGAGAAAAAGCUUUCCGAGAUGAGGGUCAUGGCCGAGCGUAAUCUCACCGCAGCGUCGUCGGCUCAGGAAGAACUGAAGAGUUCCAGGCGUAAACUGGAUGAACUUGGACAACAGUGCACCCAACUCACCUCAGAGAAUGACAUGCUGCGCAAGCGUGUGAAAGAGUUGGAAAACCAACUGGAUCAUGAACAAGAGGACCAUCAGAAGGCCACGGAUAUGUAUCGCCAAGAGAUCAAGGAGUUGAGGCAGAGUAUCGAGGAUCAGAUGAGGGAGUACUCGGAUCUCAUGGACAUCAAGAUCGCCCUUGAUAUGGAGAUCAGUGCUUACAGGAAACUCAUUGAGGGUGAAGAAGAGAGGUUGAAUCUUUCCUCCCAAUCUGAAUCGUCGAUGAGACGGACACCAGUACGUGCAACCCCAACCAGAGGUGGCAAGAGAAAGCGUGUGUCAUAUGAAGGUCUGUCGACACAUGCAACAGACAGCAGCAAGUACGCCGUUAGUAAAUCGGCCAAAGGUGCAAUAGAAAUAACUGACACCAAUGAGGAUGGGAAAUUUAUCAAGUUGACAAACACAUCUGAAAAGGACCAAGGUUUGGCUGGCUGGCAUGUGCAGCACACAGCUGGUGAAAUGGAAACAGUAUUCAAACUUCCUAGGAGUGUCACCCUCAAGCCAAAACAAAGUUGCACAAUUUGGAGUUCAGAUGGUGACGGUACCCACAGUCCACCGUCUGAUAUUGUUAUGAAAGGCCAGAGGUGGUUUCUAGCCGACAGCAUGAAGACUGUGCUGUUGAACAAAGAAGGCGAGGAAAUUGCCAGCAACGAUUUAACACGCAGCAUGUUGAGAACAUUUCAAGCAGGACCGUCACCAGGAUUUGGAAGCGAGAGCCCAUUGUUUGGCUUUGGGUCUAGCAACUUCUACCACCAAGGCGAUCCACAGCAGAGGGACAAGUGUGCUAUCAUGUAAGCCAUAUGCGGUAGCCGAGGUUUGGAUCCACUGAACCGACCACCAUGCGGGAACCAGCACAGUGCAUCACAGACCUGAUGAGAAUGCAUUCUAGCCUGCCAUGAAGAGCUGUUUACGUUGGUCCCAUAUUUGAAUCUCAACAUAUGUAUCAUUACCCAAUCUUUGAUUUCAGUCCUGAUUGAAAAAUGUUAUGGCAAGAUAUGUCUUGUACGAAUAAUGUGCCAGAAUGCUGUCAGCUGACUUCAGCCAGUUUACAAUUGAUGAGUAGAUUUAUUUGACGUUUAUGAACUGCAUGAUGGCAUCAGAAUAGUUAAGCCAGUAUGUUGUAUUUCAUUGCAAUAAUGUCUUUUUUUCUGCCAUGAUAAUUUGUUUUGUCUAUUUCUUAUUUGACACAAUAUUCUAACUAAUUAUGGGUGCCACUGACAAUUCAUUGUCUGAUAGAGUUGUGAUUAUACCUUAUCAAAAACUGAAAUCAAUUGUCUCUAUUGUCAGUUGCUGAUAAAAAAAAUCGAUAAGAACUGCUCUGAUGAUAUUGCUCAGUCCUCGACUUUUGGGCAAACAAGGAUUGUUUUUUCCAAAAAAGGCUAUUACAGAUCAGUCAGUAAUUGUUUGAACACCCAUGUUUAUGUUAGAGUAACUUUUUGUAUUCUCACUAAUCAAGCUAUAUAAAAUAUUCACGUAGAACCCAUUGCCUUUGUUAUGUGCUGCUACUUAUUUGGGAUCAACUUGAGCAGUUGUCUGUACAGUAUUAGCUGUAAGGCUAUUGUAGUAGUGCCAUAUUUGAAUAAAACGUUGGAGAAUUUGCCAGAAUUGCGAAUGGUAUGAACAUUCCUUGCCUCGAACUGUUGUCUCCUUGGGCGAAUCAACAAGGGGUUAUGGACUUGACAAGUAGUGUUGGAAAUCUUUUUGGUGAAGUAGGUGUCUGUUUUGAGACAAUUGUCCAACGAAAAGAUUCUGCUGAAGUCCAUAGCGUUUUGUUGUAGAAUUUGUUAAAACGAGUCCAGCAUGACUGCCAUGCUUAAUAAAUAUGCUACCUCUGAUCUCGUGAGAACCAUUAUUUAAUGCAAGGAUAUGAGACGUUUCAUCCUUGUGUUGGUCCAGGGCAUUCCAUGCCAACGGGAUCUACCUGUGGUGAAUGAAUAUCAUACUCUUCAUUCAUCCGAGUGUGGACUCCAAUUUACAGCUUAAGGUCACUUGUAUCGUUUAAUGGCAAUUGUUUACUCCAGUUUGGUAUAAGGAUCCAAAACCGAUGCUUACUCAAUGAUAAGAACAGUCGUCACUGCCCUGUGCAUAUCAUGUCAAAUGAGAUGAUAUAACUUGUAAAACUGUUGUUGAAUCUGACAUUGUUUUAAUGCGCUUAAUGCUGCAUAUUAUAUAUACUAAACGAAGACGAUUUUGACAUGAUUUCUAGGUUUGUUGUUUAAAUCAAACGUAGUCAGUAGGAUUUGUUAGUAUAGAAACCUUUGUUGUGUCUUUCAACUUGAUAUAUACUGAGAUUUCUGAACCAGCAGACUUGUUUUCUGUUGGAUGUUGGUUGAAUUGUGAUCAAACAGGCUCUUUCCAUCCUGCAAAGGGACUUGGCUUUCUAGAUGGUGCUCCUAAUGCUUGAAUAUCAAACUUCUUUGGGACAUCGAUCUUGUGACUGCCCUGACCAACAACACAUGCACUUCUUCUUUAUGUUGAUGGGAGUAUGCUGUCAGUGAUAUAAAACUCUGGGACAGCAGGUUAAAGUUGUUAAGAUGUAGAGUGUUCUCCACAAUGCAUGUUUUUAAGAGAAUUUUGUUUACUUCUGCAUUGGUGAAUCCUGUCUCUUAGGCCAUUUCCCUUUCUUACAGAGAAAUUACUGUGAUCAGUCACUUCUAGCCAUCAGACUCCCAAUCCAUUUUGUUCAGCCAAUUGGUCCAAUUUAAAAAGACGUAUUUGGCAACAUAUGAUGGGGAACAGAUAAAACAAAUCUACUAAUGUAUGUGUUAGCUGUGGUUACCAUAAUUCAAUCACAACUAGUAUUUUUGCUCUCAGUAACCUUGUAAUCAAUCAGAUGUCCACCUUGAAGUGAUGUGUGAAGUAAUGUUGUGAUAUUGUUCAGAGUUUUGAAGUUACAUAAUACAAGGAAGGUUUUAAUACUGAAACAGUUGAGAAUAUUAUGAUCAUGAACAACUGUCUAAUCAACAUUUCUGUUACGAACUCAAAUAUGAAUCUGCAGUUUUGACCUGUGGAAUUUAAGACGUAUGAAAAACGUUUGAUAGGUGGAGAUAUUUUCCUAGAUUCAUGUUAAUAACCCAACUAGGUACCUAAGACUGUACAGUUGAACCCCUGUUUGAUGGUUAUUCCCCUUGAUUGUUACUCUUAUUCACAUCGACUUCAGUAAUCAGGAGAAUGAGAAGUUUCAUUGUUAUAUUUCAUCAGAGUUAUUAUGUAGUGUUGAGUAUUUCUGGAAUAAAUCGCCAGAUAAAGGAUUUAAAAUCAAAUUCUUCAUCGCACAUGUAACAUUAAGGUGCUUGUUACUUGCUUAGAUUAAUCAUGCCUAAUCAACAAUGUUCACUUACCAUCUGACUUUCAUGAUAGUUAUUGCUGUUCACUUGAUAUUGUAUGUUAAUGUGGCAAAUUCUUGUGACAAUCUAUGGCAGGAAUCUACCUCAGAAUGUUUUAACAGUUAGUUGUUGGCUAAGGGUGCCAACUAACCACCAAAUCUUACUGACAUGACUGAAAAAUCAGACAGAUUUGAAAGUUGGACCAAAAUGAUUCUAUCUUGAUUUGAAUAUCUCGUCCCUUAUCAUUUUGGGACUUUCUUUCAAUUUUUCAUUGACCUUAUGUACACACGAAGCUAAUUAAAGUCAUUCUGAGAAAAAUAUGAAGGGGUUGCGCUGAAGUACUGUAAGCCUCAUUUUUGCAAGCCAGACAAUUUUCGGUUUAUUUGGUUGUCAAAGCCGUGAAUCUGCAGUUUUUCAUCCAAUAACACUUUCGACAAAUCAUCUUUGCAAAAAAGGGGGUCGGCAGUAAAUUUAAAAUGUUGCAUGAUUGCUGAAUGCUGUUUCAUGAAAAGAUCAUGCAUUAAUCAAGUCUUUGUUGUUGAGAUACUUGACAGAUCAAUGUAUGCAGGUGCUCUGAAUACUUGUAGCUGUCCACAGACUUUGUUGCACUGAAUUAUUCAUCAGUAUUUUGAAAAGUCGGGUCCGAUUAACUGCCAUAGCAACACAGCACUGUUGUUACUUGUUUCUCAAUUCAGUAUUUUAGAAUAGCACUUUCAAAGCCCUAUUAACUAAAAUCCAUUUGAGAUGAAAAUUGAGAUGAUUGUUGUAAAUCACAGCUGACCGUAUCCUACAUCUGAAUACCAAACUGUUUCAAUGCAAAACCUGUAAAAUCACAUGGUAAGUCAUGCAAGAAGAUACUCUUUUUCUGCAAAAAUCUUAGCAUCACAGUAGAAAAUAGCAUUUACUCGAAAAGGCUUCUAGUGGAUUUAGUGGUUUUGGCAUUAGAACUCCUCAAGUAUUUGUCUGUUCCUGCUCCUGACUUGAAUGUGCAUCUAGGUCUUAUUAUCUGAAAUUCACUGCAGGAAAAAGGUGUAGACCCUUAAAAAAUCCUACCUUUGAUAUGUUUUGAUGUAAUCAUCCGACCUGGAAUAUUUUGUUGUUUAAUCUUUUGAGGACUACCAGUGUGAGUAAAGUAGAGAGAGAAUUAAUAGAGCUUUCCAAUAGCUUUCUAGCAUGUAACAGAGAAAGGCUGAAUGGGUAUGGGCAAUUGAAAAAAGUAGGUUAUUCUUUAAAGGAAGAAGUAGAUUUAAUAGUUAAAAUAUAUUUUGGUGAAGUUGCUUCAAGUCCUUGAAAGGUUAAACAUUAGCUACAUGUCGGUUCUGCAAAUCUCACUAAUUACAAAUCAGACCUUUUAAAUCACGAGGAACUAGUGGGCAAUUAUUCAAAAUUUGCUGCAUUUUAAUAGAAAAUUGAGUGAAUUGGCCUGUGAGAAAUGGAUGUUGAUCAAUCGGCAACGAAAGAAACUGAAUUUUGGAAUGAAGAGCACUUUGUAAUUUGUGAUAUUUCCAGAACCUCAGUCCUAUAUAAAAACCAAAAUGCUUGUAUUGCUUGUUUAUGCAAAGGAUUCAUAACAAAUUAAUGGUCACAUGUGAUCAUUCUAUUUUAUUCACGCAAUAUUUUUUUCUACAUUUUGAGUUCUAGAUGUUAACCAAAUAGAGAAAAUAUGUAAAAUGCAGAGUUAGAGAGGUGAGAAGGCUCACUGUUGAUAACUAUUUUGUGGAGCUAUCAACAAAACAUGAGGGCAGAUUGCCAUGCAUCUUGGAAUCUCAAGGGUAACAUUUCACAAAAUUCUGAUUCCCACAUUGAAAUGAGAAUGAAAACAGCAGAUCAGUUUGCGAGUGUCAACUCCAAAUGGGUCGAGAUAAUAAAUGAUGGUGGUACGAUCUCGUGAGGUAGAGUUUAGUUGAUAAAGAAUUUGUAAUGUAGGUUAUACCAGAAGUUUAUUGGCGGCAGUAGUCAAAUGGCCUAUCACCCCAUACUACCUUAUCGUUCACAAGCUUAAGGAUAGUAUAACACCUUGUUCUCCCCAAAGUUCAGUAUAAAAAUAGAUGCUGCUUGAUUAUGUAAGCAUUGCUUUGUGCACUGAGAUCAACUGAUGGGGUUCAUUAAUAGAAUGUCCAGUCAGUUAGACAGUGCGACUCAAAGCCGACCUGCAGGUAUAGGGAGAUGUAUACUGCCACCAAUAAACUGCUAAUUAUGAUAGUCUGCCAUGUGAUGGCAGUCGGCAUCAACAGACUAAUUAGCAUAGUACUUGUAUGAAACUUUCCUUCUCGUCCGAAAGAAUUGGGGGUGAAAAAUAGGAUAAAGUAAAGCUUGAGUUACGGGUAAAAAAGAAUAAAAAAUUGUGUUUUUAAGCCAAGCUUAUGAUUGAUCGUUGAUUGUAUUAAAAAUCUUUGAAGGUUGGGAUAUUAAGGGUAUUUGUGUGUCCGCCUGUUCAUCACCAAUUCUUGAAGGAUAGCUGCCAUAAGGUGUAGUCACCCAGCUUAAUUUUCCUUUUUGAAGAGAAAUGUAUCCAAAAUUGCUAAAUGUCGUAUAAAAUCCAUAAGCAUUAUACCCAGUCAUAUUUUGUAUAAUAAAGGAGCAAUUUGGAACAGAA